UGAUCAUUGCUCUUGGAAGUUAAUGUUUGAACCUAGUUAUAAAGAAAUUACAGUCACCGACCUAUGGCCCUAUAUAGAGAGAGGAGGAAGCCCAUAUAAAGCUGCAAACAGUGGCCAGCCCAGCCAGCAGAGCUGUGGGCCAGCAGUGGGGAGGGAGCCUCUUGGCCACCAUGAGUUUCUCUGGCAAGUACCAGCUACAGAGCCAGGAGAACGCCGAGCCUUUCAUGAGGGCAGCUGGGCUGGCUGAGGACCUCAUCCAGAAGGUGAAGGACAUUAAGGAGGUGACGGAAAUUGUGCAGAAUGGGAAACACUUCAAGUACACCAUCACUGCUGGGGAAAAAGUGAUCCAGAAUGAGUUCACCCUGGGUGAGGAGAGUGAGGUAGAGACUACUACUGGAGAGAAAGGGAAGGUGGUGGUCAACAUGGAAGGUGACAACAAGCUCGUGACAACUUUCAAAAACAUCAAGUCUGUGACUGAAGUAAAUGGGGACACAUUGAUCAGCACCCUGAUACUGGGUGACAUUGUCUUCAAGAGAAUCAGCAAGAAAAUUUAGACAAGUCUGCAUUUAAAAUUCUUUACUGUAUAAAAUUAAUGUAAUAAAGUGAACUCUGUUUUAAGAAAA